UUUGCCUCGGCCCCUCCCUUCACUCCGCACCUGCAUGCGAACACUCCUGGUCCCACCUCGACUGGGCGCGGUCCCGCGGGGUGGAGUUCACCGCCGCUGCUCUGGGAACACUAAGCCUAUCUACAUACUUGGCACAUCCGCUGCAUUCACUCCACUGAGUCUAGCCGCACUUUCUCCUCCUCUGGUUCUGCACUUCGGGAUCUUUUGUUUGUUUGUUCGUUUGUUUUCGCGAGAGAAACUGGUUUAAUCGAUCCGUUCACAGGAAGGGCACUGAUCCGGGAAAAUGAUGGCUCCGGAGCCGCUGCGAUCAGCUAUGACCAUCAGGUGCUCGGAGGACACGUCGCUCGCGCUGCCCUCCGACAACAAGCUGCGCUCCGGACAGCAGCGCGUGCUGGAUCAGGUGCACACCAUCAAGAGGGGCAAGUCCAAGCACGGGAAGAGCGACCCGCUGUCCCCCUCUCCUACAAGCCCGAUACCGCAGAAUUUGACAUCAUACGUCGAUUUUGGAUCGUUCAAGUUUGCCCCGUCCAAAGCAAAUGGCACCUUCAGCCGCACCAGCUCCACUAUGUCAUCGGGCUUCAACAAAACGAUAAACACUCAGAGGAGUCGCACUCUGUCCACUAAAACCGUGGGACCUUUCACCGCGUCGGGCACAUGGGAGCAGCAAAUCCAAGGCUCCAACUGGCCGAAGAGUCCCAAUGGGCUGAAACCCAGUCGCAGUGACCCCACCUUGGCUCCUCCAUUUUCUCCUGCCCCUGCAGCUGUCAUGAGAGCCAAGGGGCAGUCAUUCCAUAGCCAGCACGCCGUCCAGACUCGAGUCAAUAGAAACAGCACCUACUCCUUGACCAACGGCACUCAGAUGACCAACAGCCAGACACGCAUCGUCCGGCCGCCCUCUGCCCAGUCCCACACUGAGGGCAAGAUGGGAACCAUCAAAAUAACUAAGAAAGCGCUUCAGCAGACAGCGGUGAACAGUGGGAUAAACGUGUCAGACGUGACCCUAAAGGAGGCUGUAGAGUACCUGUCUCACCCUGAGGAGAAAUUCCAGCAGUUUGGGGCCACCUUCAUCCAACACACCACCUUCAAUGAGGAGCGUGCCAAACAGGAGGUUUUCCAACUGGAGGGUAUCCCCGCUCUGGUGACCUUGCUGCGGAGCCCCAACCCAGCGGUGAGCCAGGCUUCUGCCGGGGCUCUGAGGAACCUGGUGUUUAAGGACAAGAACAACAAGCUGGAGGUUCAACACUGUGGUGGUAUAGCUAAGGCCCUGCAGCUCCUAAAGGAGACCGAUUCUACUGAUACUCAGAAACAAAUCACAGGCCUGCUGUGGAACCUGUCCUCCAGCGAUGAGCUGAAGGAAGAACUCACAGUGACAGCGCUGCCUGCUCUGACUGAGAAUGUGGUGGUGCCAUUCACCGGCUGGUCAGACAGCAGCACCAACAACAACAUACACCCUGACGUCUUCUACAGUGCCACAGGGUGCCUGCGGAACCUGAGCUGUGCCAAGAAGAGGGAGAGGCAAGCAAUGAGAGACUGCCCUGGCCUCAUCGACUCCCUCAUGAGUUACGUUCAGUCGUGUGUGGCAGAGGAAAACCCUGAUGAUAAGUCUGUGGAGAACUGUGCAUGCAUCCUCCAUAACUUGACCUACCAACUGGAGUCGGAGGCCCCUGGGUGCUUCAGCAACUACUACCGUCAGACAGACGACGAGUCUGGGGGUAGGAAAAGCCCCACAGUUGGAUGCUUCAGCCCCAAGAGCAGCAAGGCUCAAAAGCAGUAUAUGUUUGACAUGGAUCGGGCAGUGCUUGAGGACAGUGCCCCAUCAGGUCAAAAGUGGUUGUGCCAUCCCAAAGCCAUGCAGACCUACCUGUCUCUGCUGGGCUCGUCCAAGAAAGACGCCACCCUGGAGGCUUGCUGUGGUGCCCUGCAGAACCUCACUGCCAACAAAGGACCGGGGUCCUCAGCCAUGAGCCAGAUCCUGGUUCAGAAAUUUGGUGCUCUGCUGCACAUGACCCCUCUGUUAAAGUCACAGAACUCUGGCCUGCAGAAGACCGCCAUGUCCCUGCUGAAUAACAUGUCUCGGACCAGCAGUGUGCAGACCUCCAUGGCAAAGCAGAUUCUGCCUGAGCUCACAGGUCUCCUCUCCUCUGGCCCCCGGGAAAUGGGGAAAAGCGAUGACACUAUAGCGGCAGCUUGCAGCACAGUACGGACUCUGAUGAUGGCGGACACCGAGGUCAGCAAGAAGGUCAUUAAUAAUGAACUGGUGACAUCGCUGGCUGACCUCAGUGAGAAUGGAUCUUUCCCCAAAAGCAGCAAAGCAGCCGCAUUGCUGCUCUACAACUUAUGGAACGAGAAGAAUUUGCAAGGCGCUGCGAAAAAGCUGGGAUUGGCCAAGUCACUUUUUGUCAAUGACAACACCACAGCACAGUACAAGCAAAUGAUCGAUUGAGUGCGACGGACAAGUGGCACCACGCAGCCUUAGAGGUGUGUACUUGCAGAUGGAAACCAGCAUGUUUAGACACUGUGGUGGCCACACCCUUGCAACACGGAGGGUAAAAUCCUUCAAAUAAUGGCCUUGCAGAAAUAUCCUAUCAUUUUGAGUCAAUCAUACAGAAUAUUGUACAUACAAUAGAGAAAAGAAAGAUUUCCUUGUAAUUCUGCGGUGUUGUAUGUAUUUAAAUUGGAUAUGCUUCUGUCUUUGUAUAUAAAUGGGUGAGUGUGUUUAUGGUAGGUUAAGUGUGCGUAUGCUGGAACCCACUUCUUGCAGCUUGUGAGCCACAAUACACCAGACAAUGUUAUCUGCAGUGAAAUGUUACUGAAAACAUGCAGUGAUUAUUCAGAUUUAGGAAUGGCAUCUCUAUCAAAUGUGUCCGUCUACAGGCUACAAAAUAAAAUAUCUAUUGUGGCCUUGAGGACUUAUCAACUGAAAAUGAAAGUAAUAAGAAAAAUGGUAAAAAAAAAACAAAAAACAAAACAAACUGUUGCUAUGCGAUGAAAUCUUGUACAUCCAAAGAGUGUGCUCUGUGGGUAUUAAGUAAAAAAAAAUAACAACAUUUUUAAAAAUCAGUUUGUUUGUUUUUUUGGUUUGUAAUGGGUUUCUUUUUAAUUUUCUUUUUUUUUUUUUUGGAAUAGGUUGAAUAUGGUUUAGUAUGGUGAAUGUGCCAACAGUAUGUAAAAGACUGAGCAAGCACUCACUUCAAUAAAGACUAAGCACUUGGAUUUGCAAGGUUUCCAUACAAAAGCAAAGAAAUGCUACAUUUUUAACGUUUAAUGCAGUUUAUUGAAUUUUUUUGUUCAUUCAUUCUGUUUGUCUGUUUCAUUAAAAAUGAGCAUAGCAGCUAGCGCCUCAAUAGUUAAAUGAAUGGUCUGACAUUUUGAGAAACACAGCACUAUUUUGCUUUCCUGCCUGGAGUAAGAUGAGAAGAUCGAUACCGCUCUCAUGUCUGCACAGUAAAUAUGAAGCUACAGCGAGCAGCUGGUUAGCUUAGCUUAGCACAAAGACUGGAAACAGGGGGGAACAGCUAGCCUGGCUCUGUCCAAAGGUAAUAAAAUCCACCUACCAGCAACUGCAGAGCUUGCUAACUAACAUGUUAUGUUUGUCUUAUCCGUACAAAAAGCAAAGUGUCAAAAGAACACUUUGUGGUUUUACAGAGAUUCAGUUUUUUGUGCAGCUUAAACAAACAAGUGCGUUGCCUUUGGUCAGAGGCAGGCGAGCUGUUUCCUCGUUUUUCCAGUCUUUGUGCUAAGCUAAGCACGUGCUGAUGUAGCUUCUCAUUCGGUAUCAAUUUUCUCAUCUAAAUCUCUGCAAGAAACAGUAAUAAUAAACGUAUUUCUCAAAAUGCCAAACUGUUUCUUUAAAGUGGAGUACUAAGCGCCUUGUUCUAUUACAUUGCUUUGUAUUAACGUACCUAUUGAAAUUUACAGAUUCAGUUGUGUAGUGUUUGUUUUUUUCACUUGUUUCACAUUGUUUGUUUUCUUGCAUAAACUAAGGAAUUGGAGUUUAAUUCAUGACAUGUAACAGCUUUUCAGCUUGAUUAGCUAUGUGUAGAAAACCCUAUGAGUCACAUUUGAAAUUCUUUGACAGAUGACAUAGCCACACGGUCAGUGUUAGCUGCUGGCUGCACACUGAGACUCUUAUAAGUGGUCUUUGAUCCAAUUCAACAGGCUGUGCCCUCGUCUAAGAUCUUUAUGAUAGUCUCAGGGUAGAAGCUACUUACAUACAUUACAUUUUUACAUUUUUGAAAACCCAGCAUUGCAAAGUGCUAAAGCGCCGAGAGAUGAGAGAGUUGGCAACUGUGGGGAUUCCCCACAGUCCCACAGUGCGCUGCGCGGGACUCUUUUUAUGCUUGAGACACACAGUCAUGCAGAGGUUCAUUUGCCUCGGGAAAGACUGAUGUCAGUAUUGCUUUGAAUGUAUUUGUGGAGAAAU